GAGCAUGUGCGCGUUGUUCUUUAUUCCAUUCCAGGUGUGCAGAACUCGUUGUCUAUAUAAUUCACUCAUACUCCAUGUGCAAGCGUCAGCCAUCCAACACGCACACCAGCUGUGCUGUCUGACCUUCAUUCACACCAUCACCAUCUCCCAAGCCCGCCCACAGGCACUAAGAUAGCUGUGGCCAAGAUACAUCAUCACGCACACACAGGUGACGACGCAUAGACAACAAAUGCGUCGUGACACACACACCCAAGGCCACCAUUUCACCCACAAACGGCUACUCGGCACGGCUACACAUCUACAUAUCUACAUGCUACGUCCGGUUAUAGUACCUUCUCCUCGAUGAAUUGGCUAGACAACGCAGAUCUGACUCGUCCAUCUGUCAUCGCAGCACCGUAUAUCAUACACACGCAAGCUACAGAAAAACAUACCUAUCAUCUUCUUUGUAGACAGUACAAAAGACACCAUCUACCAACGAUUAGUCAGUCAGUCAAUCAGUCAGUCACCCUUCCACCUUGAGCAGAUCCGCGAUGACCUGGAUGCUGCUCUCCUCCGCGUUGACGUCGCCCACAUAGAUAACUUUGCCCUUGCCCACCCUGGCGCACGCCACGCCCACCAGCCCCGGCUCCGUCGGCCUGGGCGCCUAGACCAGGCUGGUCGUCACCGACUAAUCAGUCGACACAUACAUCCGAUGCGCCUCAGGCACGUCCCUGCACACACACGCCAUGGCACACACCGAGUUGCAGCCGCUUGACAGCGUGUGUGUGAAUGUGUGUGUGUGUGCGUACUUGAGUGAGCAGCAUUUGUUGUUGAUGGCUUGGAGGAGGCAUGACUGCGGUGCGUGGCUGGUCUUGUGGAAGGUGGUGCGCUCGUACGCAGUGAACUUCCACGACAAGUCGCACCUGCACUCGCGCACGUACGGCAACACACACACGUGUACGCAAAAUGUCUGCAGGUGAUGUGGCGGCGUGUGUUUGUGCGUCUGACUUGCGGAGGAAUUCUUCGACGAACUUGACAGGUGCGUUGUGUGGCACCAGCACCGCGGUGGUGCCCUCGUCGGCCACCAUCGUGUGCAGACGGCUGACCACUCCGCCUAUCUGCUGCCGGAACUGACAGACAGACAGACAGACAGACGGAUGCGCAUGUACUGGUGGAGAUGGAUGGACGUCAGGGUGGCCUACGCUGGGGUCCUCCGGCUCGCUGCCACAGCAAUCGUCCAAGACCAUCGCGAGAACGACGGCGGACGGCUUCAUCUCUACACACAACACACACACAGAGACCAUUGAGUCAGGGAGUGCAUGUGUCCUCCCGCCUGUCUAUAUCUCUGUCUGUGGACCUUGCAGCUUCUGCAGUAUGUCGACUUCCCACUCCUCAUUCUCCACAACGGUGCAUCCGGGGAUCACCUUCUCGGCGCGUUUCGAGAAGAAACACGAGGGCGUGGAGUCGAUGAUCAGCACCUCGGGUGUGGUUGUGGUGGCCCUGGUGGAAGACUGACUCCGCAGCGUCUGAAGGUCAACGCCAAGCUUUUUCUCUGCAUACCGGCCCCCAUGCUGCAGCAGGAAGCCUCGCUUCAUCGGAAG